GCAACAGCUUGAUGCCGCGCUGCAAGCAAACAUGGCAGACGAGAUUAGCUAAAGGGAGAGCUUCUUUUCACAGAAUAAGACUAGCGCAGUUACAGCUCACACGUUCUAUGCAACUUUAGUUAAUUUAGGAGGUAGAAUCGUGGGAGCUGUUCAAACGCAGAUCUUCACGUCUACGUGCACGUAAUAGUCGCUUAGCAAGUUUGCUAGCGUGUAGGCUAAUAUCUGGCUAACGUUAGCUUGGUUCUACAGAUACACCGUUACUCGAUUCAUUGACAUAUUAGUCAGAGCUGUUUGUAGAUGUAGUUUUUAUUUUUAUCCGCUUUAUUAUGUUUAGUGUUAGUAAAAUGACUGGUUAGUUUCAGUAACGUUACUGUGUGUUUGAGGAAGGAGAACCGUCGUCACCAUGCUCUUGUCUCGGAUGAAGCCAGCAGUGGGCGGUGAGGCCUCCACCAGUUCUAAUGAGAAGAAAAGGAAGAAUAAAAGCAAAAAAAUUCCAAGGCUUGAAGAUUAUCUAAACCAAAGAGACUACCUGGGAGCGCUGACUCUAUUAGAGUUCCAGCGUAAUGGCGGAGUCUCAGUGGAGCACGCAGAUCUUUGGACAGGCUUCUGUGCCUUUCAUGUAGGAGACCACAAGAGAGCAAUGGAGGAGUACAAGGCCCUCACUUUGAGGCCGGAUUGUCCAGUGGAUGUUUGGGUAUAUCUGGGCUGUGCACUGUUUUUCCUUGGGCUUUAUAAAGAGGCUGAGGAGGCAGCACUGAAAGGGUCGAAAACUCAGCUCCAGAAUCGCCUGCUCUUUCAUUUAGCUCAUAAGUUCAAUGAUGAAAAGAAACUGAUGGGUUUCCAUCAGAACCUGGAGGACGUGACAGAGGAUCAGCUGAGCUUGGCUUCCAUCCACUACAUGCGCUCUCAUUACCAGGAGGCCAUAGACAUCUACAAACGGAUCUUACUGCAGAACAGAGAAUUUCUGGCCCUGAAUGUGUAUGUGGCUCUAUGCUACUAUAAGCUGGAUUACUAUGACGUGUCUCAGGAGGUGCUGGCCGUGUAUUUGCAGAGUAUCCCUGACUCUACUAUCGCCCUCAACCUCAAAGCCUGCAACCACUUUAGACUCUAUAAUGGCAAAGCUGCUGAGACAGAGUUGAAGAACCUGAUCGACAUCUCCUCCAGCUCGUUUCAGUUUGCUAAAGAGCUGAUCCAGCACAAUCUGGUGGUGUUUCGCGGAGGUGAAGGGGCCCUGCAGGUUUUACCUCCUCUGAUUGACGUCAUAUCUGAGGCCAGACUCAACCUGGUCAUCUAUUAUCUCCGACAAGAUGACAUUCAGGAGGCCUACAAACUAAUCAAAGACCUUGAGCCCACCACGCCUCAGUGUGAUGAUGGUCUCCUCUGCCGUCAUUCACAGGAAUAUAUCCUCAAAGGGGUGGUAAAUGCUGCUUUGGGACAAGAAAUCGGAUCGAGGGACCAUUUGAAAAUUGCCCAGCAGUUUUUCCAGUUGGUUGGAGGCUCAGCUAGUGAAUGCGACACAAUACCAGGCAGGCAAUGUAUGGCCUCUUGCUUUUUCCUGCUGAAACAGUUUGAGGAUGUGCUCAUCUACCUCAACUCAGUCAAGAGUUACUUCUACAAUGAUGACACGUUCAGCUUUAACUACGCUCAGGCCAAGGCAGCUCUUGGGAACUACAGAGAAGCUGAAGAGCUGUUCCUGCUCAUCCAGAAUGAGAAGAUCAAGAGUGAUUAUGUUUUCCAGAGCUGGUUAGCGCGCUGCUACAUCAUGAAUCAGAAGCCUCGACAGGCCUGGGAGCUUUAUCUGAGAAUGGAAACCUCAUCCGACCCCUUCAGCCUCCUGCAGCUCAUCGCUAAUGACUGCUACAAGAUGGGGCAGUUCUAUUAUGCAGCUAAAGCAUUUGAUGCUCUGGAGAGACUGGAUCCAAACCCUGAGUACUGGGAAGGGAAGCGUGGAGCUUGUGUCGGCAUCUUCCAGCUCAUACUGGCAGGCCGAGAGUCAAGAGAAAUACUGAAAGAGGUUUUGCCGAUGUUGAGGAGCACUGGUAACCCACAGGUUGAGUACAUCAUCCGCAUCAUGAAGAAAUGGGCCAAAGACAACAGAGUGGCUCUCUGAUUGGCUAUAUCGAUACACAUAUUGAUUCUUUUGUAAAUUAUAUUUAAAAAAAACCCUUUUGUACCUUUUCUUUAUGCUUGCUUGUUUGUAUCAUCAAAAUAUGUGGCGAGUAAAACAGUUGAGAUGCAUCACCUGCAGUAACUGUGGCCUGUACACCCAAUACUGUAUAUUUUUCUAAUACUUGCAGUUGUCAUGAAUAGAAAACUUUGCAUUUACAAUAUUUCUCUGUGUGAAUGUUUUCUGUCAGAGAGACAGCGUAACAAAUAAAGUUGAUAUCUUUUAA